AUGCCCGUCACAUUUCUAAGGCGCCUCAUAAGGCCCUCGGUCUUCUCUGCAGCACAAUUCGCGCCUGUGCGACCGUUACGGCCCGCCUUCGCCGCCACUGCCUUCGAAACCGCCGCCUCAGCGUUCGCGAUCCGCCCAGCACCGUCAUUCCGCGCCAACAAAUGCACAUUGAUUCAAGUUCUACGACAUGGAAGGAUAGCGCAGAAGGCGCGAAAACUGAGAUCGCCACAAUUGAAAGACCGGCCGGAGCUGAAGGGAGUGUGUCUCAAAGUGGGAACCACCAAGCCCAAAAAACCCAACUCGGGAGAAAGGAAGAUUGCGAGGGUGAGGCUGAGUACCGGCAAGGUCAUCACGGCGUACAUUCCAGGUGAAGGACACAAUGUACAGCAGCAUUCGGUGGUCAUGGUACGAGGCGGACGAGCGCAAGAUUGUCCUGGUGUGAAAUACCACUUGGUGCGAGGAGCGUUGGACUUGGGUGGUGUGGGUAACAGAAUCACUGCGCGAUCAAAGUAUGGCACGAAGAAGCCCAAGGCCGCAUAAGCAGUUGAAACGAUUAAACAUGUGUCAUACACUGAGCAUCAAUGGCGGUGGAAGACACCUUGGCGCAGUGAUUGUGGUCUCUUCUCAGCCUAGGCAUUCUCUGCAGUUGGCCUCGACUCGAAGCGUGCCUUCUCCCAAAUGGAUUCUUGCAGUAAAUUUCCAACAUAAUAACUCACACGUACGAGCCUCGAACGAUAAUUGGACGUUCAACAUGCUGGUCAUGUGCGAACGAACAAUUGCUUUCUUUGCC